AUGAGCGCCAUCUCAGGCAAAGAAGAAAACAAGCUUGGCAAGAAUCAGGUCAGGCCUGAACUUAGCAGUAAUCGGUCUCUGAAAUACCUGGAAGAGGAGAACACUGUGCUAAAAUAAGCAGUAUCAGACAAUGAUGAUUAAGAAUAUCAGGCUAGAAGAGGACCUUAAAGCAAAGACUAGUGAGCUCCAAUACUGUAAAGCUUUACUUCAGAAUUUAAUGAAAGAUAAAGAAAAUCAGGAUAGCAAUGAGAAUAAAGGCGUCCACGAGACACCUAAAAGCGCCAGGAUUAGUGAUGCCGAGGAAAAGAAUGCACCUAGAAAAUCAAUCAAACAUGUGUCAUUUGCAGAUGACUUUCCUAAUUCUAAUAUGAAUGAAAGAGAAGAACAACGAGUCGUCCAUAAAUCUGUUAAUUUGAGCAGACAUUCGUGCCUGAAAGCGAGUGGGAGGAGAUCCCAACAGGAGAGCAGGCAUACUAAUGUCACUUUUCAAGAGAAAGAAAGGGAAGUUUCUGAUUAUAACUCCGAAGAAUAUCACAAAGACAGUGAUGUGCCAUACAUCCGCCGAUCAGAACUCGAAAACUUGAAUUCAAGUCUUGACGAAACCCAUGAUCUGGAGGUCACUUUUUCUGACAAAGAAGAUUCAGGGAAUGAAGAAGGUGUCAACCUAGAUUCUUCCUCUGAUGAAGAAGAGGAGAGAGAUAAAAUGACGACCCCCAUUAAGGAAGCUAAAAAUGAACUCAAAGAUACUCAAGAAAUCGGGGAUGUCUCUGACAUCCUCUUCGAAACUAUGGAAAACAACGAUGAAGAAACAUUUGAAGUCCAUCAAGAAGAAAUCAAGGAAACGCCUCAGAUUAUUGGAUCUAAGAAAAAGAGCUUAGCUUCUAUGUUUGAUCUUCGAAGAGAGAAGAGUUCUAACUCUGACAUUAGUCCUCUCAAAAAGAUUAUGGGAGGAGUUCCUGGGCCUCGAGGGGGUACCCUCGCUCAGAAGUCCUUCUAUCAGCCCCAAGAAAGCGUUGACUAUAUCACUACACUCCAGAAGAGUAUAAAUAACAAGAAUGUGAUGCUUCUUAGUCCUCGGUUUGAAGGCACACCUUAUUUAGAAAAUUCUAUCAAGAAAGGAAGGAAAUAUUACAAAGACGAGCUUGAUGGAGCUAAUAUUUCUGCAAAUAAGUCAAAAAUGAGGAUAAAUCCGCUAGAUUUGGACCAACUUGACUACUCAGCUUCGAAGAACCUGAAUGCUGAAUAUAACAAAUCCAUUAGUACAAUGCUUAAUGGAGAUACUUCAGUACAGCCAGAAUUUGAGGAGAGCAAAUAUGCGUUUGGGGAUGAUCUUAAUGAGACUGGGAACAUACUAGCAGACACCUCUGAAUUACUUGAUAUGAAAAUCCCUCAAAUAAAUAAGACCAAAAUUAAUGACAUGGGAAAUUAUAACGCGAAAUAUCACAGUUUCUUUGAAGAAUUUUAUAUCAUAGGGGUUGAUAGUCUCACUCUUGGCUCUUUAAAUCAGCCAGAGAUAGUUUUGAGGCCAUCCUUACUCAAGAACUACCCUAACAAGCCUGAGCAUAAGGAGAGGCAUGGGGUCAUUAAGGACUUCUGCUUCCCUGUGGGAAUUAAUGUAGAGGAGAUAGACCUUUCCUCUCCAAGACAGGAGCAGAAAUUGAAUGAGAUCUUAUUCUCAAAGCCAAUAGUUGUUGAAAACUGAUUCUUAUUUACCAUAAAUGCUAAUGAUUAUGAAAAAGGCAUAAUUUAUCAGGAUGAAUACCUCAACUGACUUGCAGUCAUUGUGGAUGAAGUCAUGAAAACCGACCAUGAUAGUACGAUUAUGAGUGGCGGAGCAGAGCAAGAUAAGCUCUAUAUGGUACAGAAAGCUUAUUGACUAAUGUUCAGAGGUCACCAUUUCAGAUUCCAGUACCAAAUUUUGUCCUCGCUGAUUAAGAUAAUCAAGCAUGAGAGAACCUUAAAUGUUCAGAAUGAUAUUAUUGAUCUAUUCAAGGAUGAGAAUAUUUUCAAAGAUUAUGAAUAUCUUCUUUCCCCAAUGUUUUCAAUGAUUUCUACUCCAAUAUUUACAGAUGAGAUGAAGAACUUCUUGAAUAAAAUUCUUGAUUUAGUUCCAUCUGACUAUCUGCCUGAGGAGAUGAUUAAGGUGAAUUGACCUCUAAAUCUCAGCACUAUAACCUACUUAUUCCCUCAAAAUGAACUUCAUUUGGCAAUAAAAUGGCAUGGACCAUUCUUCUUCAGCAAAAUUGACUUCGGAAAGUUCUUCUACCUCUUCAGAGCAAUCUUGUUGGAGAGAUCAGUUGUCUUCGUUUCAGAAGACAAGAACUUCCUGUCAUCAAUUAUUAAUGGCUACAGGACAUUGUUGAAGCCUUUCAAAUGGUGACAUAUCUUCAUUAGCAUACUUCCCAAACUUCUGAUAGAUUAUAUGUGAGCACCACAGCCAAUGCUGCUCGGUAUCUCCAAUAGAGAAGGAUUCCUUGAAGAACUUGAAGAAGAUGCCUGAGACGAAAAGAUCUGGGUAGAACUCGACCCCAAAGAUGGCGAAUUCAUUCAAAUCCAUGACUCUCAGACCAUCCCUGGGUGUAGCCUUGGUGGCUUAGACACUCAAUUGAGGGAAAUCUGGUGAAAAAUAGACCAGCUCAAUACCUGUGACUUUAGACAAUCUACUUACCAAAUAAAUGACGAAGAGGUAAAAUUAUGCAAAGAUAUCGCAGAAUCUAUCGAAGAUGCUAUUGAUAAAAAGAUACUCUACUGGGUGAGGAAGUUCAAGAAGCACUCCUCAGCCCAGUCCUUUGCUAAUGCUGACCAAGAAAAGGAGUACACAGAUUGACAGAAAACCAUUAUUGAACGCGCAGAUGUAGUUGAUAAGGAGUUCUUAGAACAGUUUGUCGAAACACAAAUGUUUGCUUAUUAUUUCGACUGAUGCUAA